CCCAGCCAGAUUCCUUUCGGAUAUCUGGUGGGCACAGACGAGUUGGAGGCGAGGCUGUGUUCCCGUGCUGCUCGUCUCUGACUCCAGGGGACCUUCACUUGGCAAAUUGCCGUGCUCCAGGUAGAAUCGGGGGAUCCCCGGCUGUGCAGAAAGAGGCCGCUGGGCCCCUCAAGUCUGCACUGACCCUCCUGAAGAGCUCCCCGCCCUAUUCCUGGUUUUCCCACCGGGCUAAUCCCCCUGCAGUUGCUAUGGGACAGAUCUAGCAAAGGCCAGUCCACCCAUAGCUCCUUUCGGACCAGAGCACCCAGUCAAAGGAGGAAGGUGCCAACUCCACAGAGAGAGCCACUCCAGGCUGGGAUAGGAGCCAGGUCCCUGGUGCUGUGAGGCAGCAGUGCUUAACCACUGACGCCCCCAACGGAGAACGUCUGGGGACAGGGAAUCCCAGCUUCAGGGGAGCCAAAGUGUUCCGUAGGGUCUAGAAUUCUGCUCUGAAUUUCUGCUCCAGUACUUGCAGUGAAAAGGUUUUGUGAACGUGUUUUCCAGGUGUUGACAAACAGAAGGAUUCACAGACGGGAAACUGCGCACCACCAUCGGGACCUCAGGAUCCUGAGCCUUCGGGCGUACGGUUUAGGAAUGGUUGCCCGGUCUGUGUGUGUGUGUGUGUGGGUGGGGAAACAUCUCAAACGUCGGGGUGAAACGUACGCGCGGUGAAAAAAGAGCUGAAGGCGCGCUUUGUAUAAAAAGCAGAGAGACGUGACGAGCUACCGGGAGCAGAUGGAGAAACCGUGGAAGUGCGAGGACUGUGGGAAAGGCUUCAGCUACCCGUCCCUGCUGGAGAGCCACCGGCGGAGCCACACCGGGGAGCGGCCGUACACCUGCCCCGUGUGUGGGGAAGGAUUCACCCAGCCGUCUGGUCUCUGGUCCCACCGGCGGGUCCACACCGAGGAGAGGCCGUUCGGCUGCGCCGCCUGCGGGAAGCGGUUCCGGCACUCGUCCGCCCUCACCGUGCACCGGCGGACCCACACCGGCGAGCGGCCGUUCGCCUGCCCCGAGUGCGGCAGGGGCUUCGCCCAGUCCUUCCACCUGCAGACCCACCGGCGGGUCCACACCGGGGAGCGGCCGUUCGCCUGCCCCGAGUGCGGGAAGGGCUUCACGCUGUCGUCCCACCUGCUGUCCCACCAGCGGGUCCACACCGAGGAGAGGCCGUUCGGCUGCGCCGCCUGCGGGAAGCGGUUCCGGCACUCGUCCGCCCUCGCCCUGCACCGGCGCGCCCACACCGGCGAGCGGCCGUUCGCCUGCCCCGAGUGCGGCAAGGGCUUCGCGGUCCUGCCCGCGCUGCUGCGGCACCGGCGGACCCACUCCGAGGAGAGGCCCUUCGGCUGCGCCGCCUGCGGGAAGCGGUUCCGGCAGCCCUCCAAUCUGACGGCUCACCGGCGGGUCCACACCGGCGAGCGGCCGUUCGCCUGCCUCGCCUGCGGGAAGGGGUUCGCCCGCUCCUCCAACCUGGCCGCCCACCGGCGGGUCCACACCGGCGAGCGGCCGUUCGCCUGCCCGGUGUGCGGGAAAGGGUUCGCCAAGUCGUCCAACCUGCUGGCGCACCAGCGGACCCACGCCCCGGAGCGGCCGUUCGCCUGCCCCGUGUGCGGGAAGGGGCUUCGCUCGGUCCCACUGCCUGGUCGGGCACCAGCGGCUUCACGAGUGACUGCGGCUGUUGGAUGUUGCUGCUGUGGGCCACAUCCUGGGGUGAGAAUGACCCCCUCUCCGUUCACCGUCCCCCCUGUAACCGGCUGCUCUUCACCGUCCGGGAUACAUUAUUUUGAAACCCCGCCACCAGAUUUUGACUCGGGGAAAGAAAUCAAGGGGGAAAAGGCAGAAAGUUGGUGGCGUUUGUCGAGCAUAUGGGAAGCAUCCGGAUUUUUCCUCGUGGAACAGGAUGAGGCUUCCACAGGACUGAGCUGCCCUGCCGUACCUUUGCUGGUUCGAUCGCUGUCAUCAGCAGCCAAAGAUUUCAAGCCAACGUCGGCUCCCACUUGCAUGCAGAGCCCCAGGGUGGCUGAACCUCCUGGUGACAUCGGUUACGGGAGGGAACAUGUGCGGCUGAUGCCACACCGUCCCAUGUGUCUGUGCUUGAAGCAAGCAGCUGCUCCUCAAGAUGGGCAAGGAUAUUCUCUUCCAGUCCGGCUCAAGGAAGCGAAGUGGUCCCAGUACCUUCCUGACCGUCCCGGUCGACCCGCACCCCUCAGCCUGGCACGGUUCACCGUCCGUGCCUCUGCCCUGGUUCGGUGUCCGCCAAAGUCCGCCGCCUCAUGCUGCUCCGGGACUCAGGUGCCACUUGGAGCUUCUCUGUCCAUCCUGGCGCUCACCCAGCGCUCCACCGCCAGCGCCCGCUCCGCGCAUGCUCCGGACCCGGCCGCCCACUCGCGCCUGUGCGAUGUGGAUAGGGGGCUUUCACCAGCGCGGGGGGCGACGGGUAAACGCGCCGCCAUUGAUGUCGAAGGGCUGGGCGCCGCUUUGUCCUCUAUUCUGCUGAGACACAUGCGAGUUCACACUGGGGCGAGACUGUUCGCUUGCUGCGAGUGUGGAAAAGGAUUUGCAAAGUCGUCCAACUUGCUGAAGCACCAGCGCACCGAGGAGAGGCCAUUUACUUGCUGUGUGUGGGGGAAGGAAUUCACUCAGUCAAACUGCCUCCACAGACACCAGCAAGUGACUGCAGGGGUUGGAUCCUGCUGUCUAUGGCUUCGCUUAAUCGUGCCCAGCAUUAAGAAGCUGACAAUAAUGCCCCGCGCGGCUGAAAGUCCUCUAUCCGCUGGAGCGGGGGCGCGGUGCGCACGCGCAAGGCCGGACGGGGGGAACAGGAACGGUGCGCAUGCGCAGGGCCAGACUCGGGCAGGAGCGGUGCGCAUGCGCAAGGCCAGACGGGCCUCCCAGCGGUGGCGUCGACGUCGGCUGAGACGCCGUUCGGGGAAUUCGGCAGAGACGCGUGUUCUCACCGCCGCGAGAUCUGACGAGAGUGGGCGCCAAGCGUCCGGCUCUGAACUGGCACCGGCCUCCGAACGCGCAACCAGAAACGUCCGGUCUCUGGGAAGAGGUUCCGAACGUCGCCGUGUCCGGGUGAGACCAGGAGGACCGGGCGCGCCCGGCCAAGACCGGGAGAGCCGGGAGUUUUUGCACAGCUUGAAAAGAACAGACGAAACACCGCGGGAGGGAAGGAGCCGGGCCCCCAUGCCCCGAGCCGGCGAGGCUUCGAUGGAGAGGCCGUGGAAGUGUGGGGACUGCGGCAAAAGCUUCAAUUACCCGUCGCUGCUGAGGAACCACCAGCGCGUCCACGGCAAACCCGCAGCCGGCGGCAAGCCGUGGACGUGCGGCGACUGCGGCAAGGGGUUCAGCUACCCGUCCCUGCUGCGGAACCACCGCGAGAGCCACGCCGGGCCGGACGCGGCGGAGAAGCCCUGGAAGUGCGGGGACUGCGGCAAGGGGUUCAGCUACCCGUCCCUGCUGCGGAACCACCGCCGCGUCCACGCACCGCCCCGGGAGAAGCCCUGGAAGUGCGAGGACUGCGGCAAGGCCUUCGGUCACAGCCACCGGCUGGACAACCACCGGCGGGUCCACGCCGGGCCGGGGGAGAAGCCGUGGAAGUGCGCCGACUGCGGCAAGGGCUUCGAGUACCCGUCCUGGCUGGAGAUUCACCGGCGGGUCCACGAGGGGCCCGGGGCGGCGGACAAGCCCUGGAAGUGCGGCGACUGCGGCAAAGGCUUCAACUACCCCUGCCGGCUGGAGAGCCACCGGCGGGUCCACGCCGCGCCCGGCGCCCGGGAGAAGCGGUGGAAGUGCCAGGACUGCGGCAAGACCUUCUGCUACCCGUCGCUGCUGGAGCACCACCGGCGGGUCCACGCGGCGCCCGGCGCUCGGGAGAAACCGUGGAAGUGCCAGGACUGCGGCAAGGCUUUCUGCUACCCGUCGUUGCUGGACACCCACCGGCGGGUCCACACCGGGGAGAAGCCCUUCACCUGCGCGCUGUGCGGCAAGGGCUUCACCAUGUCGACGUGCCUGCUCUCCCACCAGCGGACGCACACCGAGGAGAGGCCCUUCAGCUGCCCCGUGUGCGGCAAGUGGUUCCGGUCCUCCUCCGACCUCAACGUCCACCGCCGGGUCCACACCGGCGAGCGGCCGUUCACCUGCCCGGCGUGCGGCAAGGGCUUCUCCUGGUCGUCCAGCCUGCGCUCCCACCUGCAGGCCCACGCCGAGAAGCGGCUGGCCUGCGGCCGCUGCGGCAAGAAGUUCCGGCACGCGGCCAGCCUGGCCGAGCACCAGCGGGCGCACGCCGGCGAGCGGCCCUUCGCCUGCCCCGCCUGCGGCAAGGGCUUCACCGGGCCAGCCAGCCUCCAGCGGCACCAGCGGGUCCACACCGGGGAGCGGCCCUUUGGCUGCGCCGCCUGCGGCAGGCGGUUCCGCCAGGCCUCCGACCUGACGGCCCACCGGCGGGUCCACACCGGCGAGCGGCCCUUCGGCUGCCCGGCCUGCGGCAAACGCUUCACCAAGUCCUACAGCCUGCUGCGGCACCGGCGGGUCCACACCGGCGAGCGGCCCUUCGCCUGCCCCGCCUGCGGGGCAGGGUUCACUCAGCUCGCCAACCUGCGGGCGCACCAGCGACACUGCAAACGCCCGCUGCCGGCGGAUUACCAGGCUUCCAGCGAGAAGUAGCCGUCUCCCUCCUGCUGGUGGGUAAUCCCUCCACCAUCGUGUUCGUUAUUGUCAUUAAGCAGAGAUUGACCUCUCCCUCCACCCCAAGAUCUA